AUGAGCGAGCGAGCUUUGCGCCGAAAACCCGGUAUGCUACUCAUUCUGCCUUGCCGACGCAGCAGACUCAACUCGGACCAGGCUCUUGCGCUCGCUUUCGCGCUGCCUGCUUUGUUUUUCCCGCUUUGCGGCAAUCCAGUGGCUUGGCUUGAAUGCCGCAAAGAUGGGUACGGUACCUCCCGCACCAAAAUUUACAGAGAAACCAAGAGAAUCAUGGGGCAACCACUAAGCAAAGUUAUGCAUGAGCUCCCAUUCCAGACUGUCGAUCUGUGGCUCUGCUGA